GUUCUCUUCAACCUUGUCUGCUCGCUUGCUGUCACUUAACACGAACUCUCAACCCCAACGCCUGAACGCCCUUUCUCCUUUUCGUCUUUUCGACUUUCAAUUACGCCCCCCCUUACGGAGUUCUUUUGUCCGCCCACUAGCAACAAUUUCCUAAGGUCUCAAGUAAAAGAUGGCGAGUUUGGACAGUCUUUUCAAGGUUCGCGUUCUUUGGGCGGCUUCCACUACCUCACCGAUCGAUCGCAGCGACCAACUGACAACUGUAUAGAAACCGGCACUCCCUUCCUCCUCUUCUAAUAGCUCCAAGAAGCGAAAAUUAGAAUCGUCCGUCGACCCAGGUCCACCUUCCUAUCCCAACUCUAUCCUCCCGACCUCUAUCUUCUAACCCGCCUUAUAGUCGCCGCCUACAAAUCUGCCAAGCUGGAAGCUCCAAGUAACGGCAAAGGGAAAUCCCACGCAGCAACGGUGGAAGAGGAUGACGUUGAUGACACAGCUAGCCCAUCAGCAUUACCCGCUAACUUUUUCGACAAUGCGGAAGAGGAGCCGGAGGAUGAGGAGGGUGGUAGAUUCUUUGGCGGAGGGGUGAAUAAGAAAACGGCUGAGAUAUUGGACUUUAUGGAUGAGCGGGACCGAGAUGAUACGGCUGCCGCCGAAAAGAUAGAUGUGGCGUGGUUGCGGCGUAUGGCAUUAGGGUUCGAGAAGAAGAUUAAUAAAAAUGCCGAGAUGAGAGGGAAGUACGAAGAUGAUCCGCACAAGUAAAUUUUUCCCCCUGCGCCUUUACGGUAGCUUGGUAUCAAUUGCUAAUAUACGAAAUAGGUUCAUGGCUUCUGAAGCAGACCUUGACGCUGAUAUAAAGGGACUCUCGGUCUUGUCGGAACAUCCGGAAUUGUUUGGGGAAUUUCGGAAACUGGGUUGUCUAGCUAGCCUUGUGGGACUUUUAGCUCAUGAAAACACCGACAUAGCGAUCGACGUCGUCGAGGUGAUUAGCGAACUAACCGACGAUGAAGUAGAGGCCGAACCAGAGCAGUGGAAUGCGAUAGUAGAUGGAAUGAUAGAAGCCCAACUUCUAGAGAUGCUGACGCAAAAUCUUUCGCGUCUUAACGAAGGAAAUGAGAGCGAUAGGAAUGGAGUCUAUCAUACCUUGAGUAACAAAAUCAACCCAAUUAGGCAAUCACAUUGCGACUUCGGAAACUCCUACUGAUUUCUAUGCAACUAGGUGUAUUUGAGAAUCUCGCAUCACAGCAAUCACUGGCGGAACGAAUGGUUCGCGAAACGAACAUAACCCCAUAUUUGCUGCAGAGGAUCCAGGCCCGUGAAUCACCAAUCUCUCAGAACAAGCAAUACGCGGCGGAGCUGCUGGCAAUUCUCCUACAAUCAUCACCAGCUAACCGCAAAAAACUAUCUGAGCUCAACGGAACUGAUAUACUUCUGCAACUGUUGUCGCCAUAUCGAAAGCGUGAUCCAGUAAAAGGUGGAGAUGAAGAGGAAUUCGUAGAGAAUGUGUUCGACUGUGUGACCUGUGUAGUCGACGGGUUUGAAGGCAAAGAGGCGUUUGUUGACUCAGAGGGGGUGGAACUAGUCCUGAUCAUGCUACGCGAGGGGAAGAUGAGCAAACCCAGAGCAUUAAGAUUAUUGGAUCACGCUCUCGGAGGCCAAUCCGGGGCAAGCGUCUGCCAGAAACUUGUAGAUGCGGCAGGGCUCAAGACCAUUUUCGGCAUGUUCAUGAAGAAAGUAAAACCUCCAAAACAAACCGGUUCAUUUGUCAGCCGAUGCAGAUUGUAUGCUAAUCUAUUCAUUUUUCCAUUCGUUACAGCAAGACAGCCAGACAACAGAACAUCUGCUUGGCAUAUUCGCUGCCCUAUUGAUGCACCUACCAGCCGACUCGGCCUCACGCAUCAGAACGCUGGCAAAGUUUGUUGAAAAGGACUACGAGAAGAUUGCCAAAUUGAUCAAGUUGCGCACCGGCUACGCGUUACGGAUGGCCAAAGUAGACGUAGAGAUCGACGCCCAGCGGAAGGACUUGGGGUCAGUCGCUGAGGAGGAAGAGAUGGCCGAGGAGUGGUUCUCCAAGAGAUUGGAUGCUGGGCUGUUUUGUCUACAGGUUUGUGUACACCCCUUAUCCUUGAUUCGAUUGAGGGGAUGAUCCGAUAUGAAUAUGAUAUGAGCGGGAACAUAUAGGGGCUAAUACAAAUGCCCUAUGUGUGUGUGGGUGCCUGAUAAUAACAGAUGACGGAUCGAAUACUCGCCUGGUUAUGCGCUGAAGAUGAUGGUGCUAAGAAGAGGAUUAGUGGGCUGCUGGGCAGGGCUGGUGGCAGCCUGAGGGAUGUCAGGAGGACACUUAAGGGUAAAACUUCCCAGUCACCGCUAAAAGCCAAUCAUACUGAUAUAACAUAACAUACUAAUACCAACGAUCAUCCUUAGAACAAAUCGAUGGCAUGACCGAAGCAUCAGACGAGUGGCAACAGGUUAUCAAGGAUAUGCUCUCGACAUUGAUUGAAUUUCUUUAGCCAUUGUUUCUCUUUUUCCUAUCUUAUUUUCCCCCCUCGCUCUCCGUUAUUUUCUUUUUACCCCAUCCAUCCCCUCUCCUUUCCUCCCCUUCCCCUCCUAUUUCCCUUCCCCCACGCGCCAUUACCAGCCAACUCGCCUCACCCAUCCACUCCCUUUCCUUACUCGGUAGUUCGAUUGCCUAGGUAGAAGACGUGCAGCCGGGGAGGAGAACCCAACGAUGGGAGGGCGCAAUUCAGGGGGGUUACAAAGGAAGAGAAAUAAUAAAUAGCUUUAAUUACU